CCCAAACGCUCCCCCAUUCCGUCCACUCCCCUCUCUCCCCACCAAGCACCAGCCCACGGAUGCGGUCGCGACCACCGCGGCAAGGUCGAAUCCAUGGCUAGAGCUAGCAGAAGCAGAAGCAGAAGCCGCGGGCUCGGCGCUUGAGCCCUCGAUCCUCGGGGGUCCCGGUUCCUUCUCCCUGCAUUGAUCGCGUCACUCGACGCGAGAAGGCGAGCAAAGAGGGGAAAAAAAGGAGGAUCCUUUCCCGUGUUUCUUCUGUCGAUUCUGCGGUUCUUUGCAAGUGGCAAUGAGGCGGCAUGGGUGGCAGCUCCCGUACCACCCUCUCCAGGUGGUGGCCGUGUCCGUCUUCCUGGCGCUGGCGUUCGCGUUCUACGUCUUCUUCGCACCCUUCGUCGGGAGGAAAGUGUUCCAGUACGUGGUCAUGGGGCUAUACACUCCGCUGGUAUUAUGUGUCUUCUUUCUAUACAUCUGGUGUGCCGCAGCAAACCCAGCAGAUCCAGGGGUCUUCAAAUCAAAGAAGUAUCUGAGCUUGUACGGAAGCGGCAAACACAAGCAUCUGAAGGAAUCCAGAAAGACUUCUUCAGAUGCUCGGUUACAAAUAGAGGGAACUAGAGAAAAACAAGAGCAUGAGGUCGCAGCAUCUAGCGAGAGGUCAAUUACUCAAUACAAGGACAAUAAUCCAUCUUGCUUGAGUUCAACCCUCUCUCCUUCUCUCCUUCUAUUCUACCCUCUCUCUUUUGUUUUCUCCUGCUGCCAACCACAUGAAAGUUCCUCUGAGCAGCAAGCCACCGAGGAAGGGAUGUUUUUCUGCAGCCUAUGUGAAGUUCAGGUGUUGAAGUAUAGUAAGCAUUGCAGAGUUUGUGACAAAUGUGUUGAUGGUUUUGAUCAUCACUGCAGGUGGCUCAACAAUUGCAUUGGAAGAAGAAACUAUAGAAGGUUUUUUAUUCUAAUGUCAACUGCCGUUAUCUUGCUUAUCCUACAAUCAGCAAUUGGAGUAUUGGUGCUAGUGCUAUGCUUUGUUGAGCGAAAGGAAUUCUCUAUGCAAAUUGUUUCAAAGCUUGGAAGCAGCUUCUCUGUAGUGCCUUUUGUUAUUGUGGUGGCAUCAUGUACCAUCCUAGCCAUGGUCGCUUCACUGCCUGUUGCUCAACUUCUUUUUUUCCACAUUCUUCUGAUCAAGAAGGGAAUCAGUACCUAUGACUACAUCAUUGCCCUGCGAGAGCAAGAGCAAGAUGAUCUGAGUGGGCAGCAGAGUCCACAGAUGUCUCGUGUAAGCUCCUACACCGGACUCAGCAGUGCUAGUUCCUUUGGUCCACUUCGUCGUGGUUCAUGGUGCACUCCGCCAAGGCUGUUUCUUGAGGAUCAGUUUGAUGUUAUUCCAUCGGAGGCUGCUUCUUCGCAUAAUUCUGCUACGAAGAGGAAAGAAGACCAGGGGAAGAGGAAAAAGGGCUCAGGGGCCGUGAAAAUAAGCCCAUGGGCAUUAGCUCGUCUUAACGCUGAAGAAGUUUCGAGGGUUGCUGCAGAGGCACGGAAUAAGUCCAAAGUUUUAGUGCCAAUCAGAAAAGAUGACUAUUCACGAGGCCACGAAACAGAUAGUAGCUAUGGAGGCACCAGCAGUGGUAGGAUCGAUCUAGGACCCGAUAGCAAGAGGAGAACAAACAGAAGAGGAAGACAGCCCAGUGAUCUCUUUCUCAAACCUGUUGCAAAGAUAUCUACAGAUGCUAUUGAUUCUGCCAGCAGCGACAUGUCCAAUUUAGCACCAUUGCAACUUGAGGCACGGAGCGCCUUCCAUCCCAGCAGGGCUGCAUCCUCUGUGAAUGUUGGUGGGUCAUCUCCAGAUAGCAGCUUGGAUUCGCCUGACCUGCAUCUGUACAGAGUCUCAGCUGUCUCAUCGUCUGGAGCCGAAGACUUGCAGCUGACAGCUCUCACUGCUCCAGGAAGCACUUCACAUCAAGGGAUUCAACUGUCGAGAUCGACCAGCGAUGGGUAUGAAGCGUCAGGGGGUGAAGACAGCGACCGCAUUCCGUCACAGAUAGUGCACCGCUCGUCAAACUGGGCAAGCAUCAUCCUCAACUCUGACCAGAGUGCGUCCUCGUCUGGCAUUCUUGUGCCGAAGAACAGAUUGUCCUGAAUUCAGAUAAAUGAAGAUUGUAAAUGAUCAACCAAGAACGGGAGGUUCCAGUAUCUGAGCUUUGUUUUCAAUGUCGAAUCUUGUUGCAGGGAUGGCUUGAUACUGCGCAAAUCAUUAAUUUUUUUAUUAGUUUCUGAAUCGCUAGGUAGGCAAGUGUCUGAAUUUCUUCCGUGGGGUGUUCAGGUGCUUGUAAUUUUGCUGUCAGACGACAAUGAACUGAUUUGUUUAGAGGUUGGUACCUUGGAUCAAAUGCCUGAUUAGUUGGUGAUUGUUCUUGUGGUUGACUUGUCGGCUCUGACGGCAUGUACUUAUAUGCUGCAAUAGGCAACGAGCAUUCAGAAAGUACUACAUCCAUCCUAGAAAAAAAUGCCAUUAUAGAAGACUGUAAUAUUUUAGUAU